AUGGCCUCUGAAAUCUGCUCUUUAUGUAUGAAAGAUGAUCCCAACAAGUCACUUUGGGUUCAGUGCGAAUUGUGCGAUCAAUGGGUCCAUGUAACUUGCAUUCCCAUGAAAUAUAUAUAUGAUGCAGCUGGUGAACCGUGCACGGUGUAUCCAAAAUCCUCGAAACAAAUCAAGCGCUACAAUUGCUCUGAACAUGGAGAACCGCUCUUAGAAACCAACCAGAUCAACCGAAAACGGAAAAAUGAAGACCAACUCGAGGUCUCCGAAACAGUAGAACCCAGGCGGCAUGGACUGCGCAAAAAAAAGCAGCUAGACUACAUUUCACUAAAUGAGGGCGAAUUGAAACGGUCGAAAAAUGAACAUCCACAUGUCAAACCAUUUUUGGCAUGUUUCGCACGCUGGGAAAAUACUACUAAUGUGAUCAAAAGCUCUGAGCUGGAAACUCAGUUCGAUUCCAUUCGCAAACCGCUCAAAGUAGUGGAUCCCGAAAACUCGGGGAUGCAAAUUCCUAGUGGACCUGACGGUAAAACUUUGACCGUUGAUGCGGUUACCCAUUUCUUGGGCGACCAUUACAAAGUGGACGUCAUGGACGUGCAAUCUCAACAAAACUCUAACUGGACCAUGUCACAAUGGAACCACUAUUUCACAGAAUGCUCCGUGGACACGCGAGAUCGCAUCAGAAACGUGAUCUCUUUAGAAGUGUCUCACGUUGACAAGUUCCAAGCGGAAUUGCAACGGCCUCGCGUGGUGGAGGCCCAAGAUCUGGUGAAUAAGGUGUGGAACAUUAUAUUGGACGAAUCCGAGAGGCCAAAAGUUACCAAAUAUGUGCUGAUGUCGGUGGAAAACGCGUUUACCGAUUUCCAUUUGGAUUUCGCAGGAACGUCAGUUUACUACAAAGUUGUAUCAGGGGCCAAGAAAUUUUUACUGUUCCCGCCUACUCCACAUAACUUGGAUAGUUACACUAAGUGGUGCGACAGUGUUCAUCAAAAUCUCAUUUUUCUUGGAGACGAGCUGGAAGACGGUGUGGCGAUGGACCUGGGCCCGGGCGAUUUGUUCAUGAUUCCAUGCGGCUACAUACACGCCGUGUACACACCUCGAGACUCUCUCGUAAUUGGAGGCAAUUUCCUGACCCUGCGGGACCUUGAAACGCAACUACAGAUUGUCGAAAUCGAGCGUCGCACCAAAGUUCCCAAAAAAUUCACAUUUCCGCAAUUUGACAUUGUUAUGGGCAAGACCUCGGAAUGGUUUUUAGCUCAAAAUAAUCCCCACUCCAACGAGCUUCAACCACGCCAAGUGCAUGCCCUGGUAGCCUUUCUCCAGGACUCCAGAUCCAAAUACAAGCCAGUCAAUUUUUCGACCAAAAAAGAGUUGUCAAAACAACUUCUAAAAACGCUACAAGAACGCGAAAAGUCCCUGGACUGA